CGUGGCAAAGCCAGCUGGAGAGAAGUACGUUUAGCAUUUCGAUAUAAUGGUUAUAUUGCCUGUAACGUGAAAUUUUAUCUUUUGUAACUGGAUGUUAGUAUGUGCUGUCGUUCCUGCAGAACUAGACUGCCUGAUACUUGUUGGAUUCUUAAUUGAAAAAGUGAUAUUUCAUGAUUUCGAAAGCGCAUCUAUCGGUUUUGACGUUCGUUGACUGUGUCGUGUGUCAGUAAUAUAAUACAUAUGUUGUUACCGUCAGACGUGUACAUUAUAUACAUGUUUUCAAAGGUGUAGCCUUUUGCAUCAUAUGCUUUGCUGCUUCUGACAACUUAGUUUUGUUAUCACCUGUGAGGACAAGUUAACGUGUUAUUCAAGCUGUUCAUGUGAUUUAUUCUUUUUAAGACAUUCACAACUAAAGUUACUCCUGAAGAGAACCAGCGGAUACACAAUGAAUCCGCAGUACGCAGCCCAACAGCAACCACAGUAUGGUGGUUAUGGUGGAGGGGGUAAUGGUGUUAUCUCUCCAGGAGCACCACCUUCAUGGGCGCAGAAUGGCCCUCCCACAGGAGUUGGACUUGUGAGGCCAUCGACACACAAUGGUGGCCCAGGGUAUCCUAAUCCUGCUGUAUCUAACGGUCCUACACCAUCGCAUCAGGGAAUGAUGGGGUUUCCUCCUCAGCAUCAACAAAUGCAGGCCUCACCAAAUCAGCUUGCUGGCCAAAUGGCAGCAAUGAAUCUGUCAGGAAGCCAGCAGAAGCAUGGCAAUGAAAACCAGGUUUUGCCUGGUGCUGGAGGGGGACCGCCAGGCAAGCCGGGUUUCCCUAGUUCUCCUGCACGAGGCCUGGGAACAUACGCUACUCCCGGGUCACAACCAGCACAGCAGCAGCGUCCGUCUCCGGGACCGUCGCCUUCACCGUACGUCAAUGGUCCGGGGAGGGGACCGACACCAGUGUCGAGCCCACAGGCCUUAAACCCAUCUCUGCAGUCCUCCCAGCUUCCUCCUCAGGGUAGUCCAAGACCACCUCCCACCCAAGGUCAGCAUUCGAGCCUGCCGCCCGGCCAUGGCGGCACUGCGCAUCCACCGACGCACCCCGGAAUGCCGUACGCACAUGGUAGCCCUCUGCCUGCACAAACAGGUCCACCGGGUCACCCACCAACACACGGCAGACAGAUACUUCCACAGACAAACCACGUGCAACCACGAGACACCACUGGUCCACAGUUCAACCAGAUGCCACCACAAGGCAAUGCUCUGCCGCCACAACAGUUGGGUUCUGUGCCUCCACAGUCCAGCCACCUACCACCACAGGGUGGUCCCCAGGCACCACAGCCACGGUACGGGUUCUCACAGAGUGGUCACAUUCCAUCUCAAACAGGUUCUGUGCCUCCACCGCAAAAUGCGACAUCCCCGCAGGGCAGUCCUAUGCCUCCACAUUCAGGCAACAUGCCCCCACAGGGCAGUCCUAUGCCUCCACAUUCGGGCGGAAUACCCCCACAGGGCAGCCCAAUGCCUCCACACUUAGGUCCUCCAUCUCACCUGAGCCAAGGCCACUCAGGGCCGAAACCUCCGGGACCACCAAGUGGGCAGAUCCCUCCCCAGUACACACAAGGCAGCCAAUUCCCCACACAGGCCUUCCAGCAGGGACCUCACCCUCCACCUCCAGGACCUCCCAUGCAAGGUCAAAUACAGCCGCCACUACAAGGAGCCCAGCUUCCUGGAGGACCUUACAGGGGAGGACCACAUAUGCCACCACCACAAGGAAGUUACCCUUCAUCACCUCAGGAGGGCUACUUGCCACAGCAGGCAGGGUAUCAGCCACCACAGGCUGGUGUUGGUCCAGGCGGCAGCUACCCACCCACUCUGCCUGGCCAGCCCCAGCCGCAACCUGUGUAUUCACCACAGCAACAACAGCAGGCUCGACGUCUGGACCCUGACCAGAUGCCAAGUCCUGUGAGUAGCUUACCUGACCAGAUGCCAAGUCCUAUUCAAGUUAUGUUGGAUGAUCAACGCAACCGAUCAGGUGUCUUCAUAACAAACCAGAAAGGUUUGGUUCCACCUCUUGUGACAACAGACUUCAUAACGCAGGACCAAGGAAAUGCCAGUCCGCGUUACCUCCGUAGCUCUAUUUAUAAUGUGCCUGUUACUGCUGAAAUGAUGAAGCAGACUGCUGUACCAUUCGGGCUAGUGAUCAGCCCCUUGGCACAGCCUGCAGAAGGAGAAUACCUACCACCAGUGGUAGACAUGGGAGAAAUUGGUCCUGUCCGCUGUGCGCGUUGCAAAGCCUAUAUGUGCCCUUACAUGCAGUUUGUGGAUGGAGGACGAAGAUUCCACUGUCCUUUCUGCAAAGCCACAACAGAAGUGCCAGCUGAGUAUUUCCAGCAUCUAGACCAUACUGGGCAACGUGUCGACCGUUUUGAAAGACCAGAAUUGACGUUGGGUACAUAUGAAGUGGUUGCUACAAAGGAAUACUGUCGGAAUAACACCUUCCCAAAACCACCUGCAGUCAUCUUUGUUAUUGAUGUUUCUUAUAACAACAUCAAAUCUGGGCUGAUCCACCUUCUCUGCAGGGAGAUGAAAGAAAUACUGAAACUGCUUCCGAAAGAAAUGGGUGCUGAGAGAUCUAGCAUGAAAGUGGGCUUUAUAACUUACAACAGCACUGUGCAUUUUUACAAUGUGAAGGGAUGCCUAGCUCAGCCACAGAUGAUGGUUGUGGGAGAUGUGCAGGACAUGUUUGUUCCUUUGCUGGAUGGUUUCCUGUGUGAUCCAGCUGAAUCAGAGACUGUACUGGACAGUCUGAUGGAGCAGAUCCCUGAGAUGUUUGGAGAUACACGUGAGACAGAAACAGUGCUUGGCCCUGCUAUCCAGGCAGGCUUGGAAGCCCUAAAGGCUGCAGAAUGUGCUGGCAAGCUUCUGGUGUUCAAUUCCUCACUGCCAAUUGCUGAAGCCCCUGGUAAACUCAAGAACAGGGAUGAUAGGAAGCUGCUUGGAACUGAGAAAGAGAAAACAGUCUUGGCUCCACAAAUAACUUUCUACAACAACUUGGGCCAGGAGUGUGUGGGAGCAGGCUGCAGUGUGGAUCUUUUCAUAUUCAACAAUUCUUAUAUUGAUCUUGCCACCAUUGGACAAGUCUGCAGGCUUAGUGGUGGAGAGAUAUUCAAAUAUACAUAUUUCCAGGCAGAUUUGGAUGGGGAGAGACUGAUAGCAGACAUCAAGCACGAUGUCAGCCGACCUGUGGUGUUUGAUGCUAUCAUGCGAGUUCGAACGUCUACAGGUGUUAGAGCAACAGACUUUGCGGGUCACUUUUUCAUGUCUAACACUACAGAUAUGGAACUUGCUAGUAUUGAUUGUGAUAAGGCUGUGGCUGUCGAGGUAAAACAUGAUGAUAAACUGACAGAAGAAGAUGGCGUGUACAUCCAGGUGGCUGUACUGUUCACAUCCUGCAGUGGACAAAGGCGACUGCGCAUAAUCAACUUGUCUCUGAAGACAUGCUCACAGUUAGCAGACCUAUAUCGCAGCUGUGAUCUCGACACGAUCAUUAAUUUCUUUUCAAAACAAGUUGUGGUUCGCUUGUUGGAAUCUACGCCCAAAUCUGUGAAGGAUGGGCUUGUGAAUCGAUGUGCACAGAUGUUGGCCUGCUAUAGAAAGAACUGUGCAAGCCCUUCAUCUGCUGGGCAGCUUAUACUCCCUGAAUGCAUGAAACUGCUGCCUCUGUAUAUUAACUGCGUUCUCAAAAGUGAUGCUGUCUCAGGAGGGUCUGACAUGACACUGGAUGAUCGAUCCUUUGCGAUGCAAGCUGUUACAAUAAUGGACAUCCCAUCAUCUGUAGUAUACUUUUAUCCACGUUUGCUGCCACUACAUGACAUUGACGUUAAUUCUGACGAUUUCCCCUCACCAAUCCGCUGCUCGUCUGACAAAAUCCGAGAUGAUGGUGUCUACUUAUUGGAAAAUGGUAUCUACAUGUUCCUGUGGAUUGGUUUAAAUGUCAAUGUUGAAUGGGUCCAAAACGUGUUUGGUGUUCAUUCAGCAGCACAGAUUGAUAUUGAUCGCACAUCCCUGCAGGACAUUGACAACCCACUCUCUACACGUAUUAGAUCAUUAGUGAAUGCUGUACGUCAGCAAAGGCAUCGUUGUAUGAGGCUGACAUUAGUGCGACAACGUGACAAACUGGAGAUGGUAUUCAAGCACUUCCUUGUGGAGGAUCGUGGACUUGACGGUUCUGCAUCAUAUGUUGACUUCCUUUGUCACAUGCAUCGUGAGAUACGCAACUUGCUUAGCUAGGUGCAGGCAGUGUGUUUGUCUAUCCUCAUAGGAUGACACACACAUGCCCCGUGGUGCUACUGCCAUUUGGCGAGAUUAUCUUUGUGUCCCGUCUCAUCACUGCAGCAUUUAAAUUGGGCCAUGAUGUGUAUCACAUUACAGAAUUUCCAUGUGUAUUGAUGUAUCAAGAUAAAUUAACAUGUGGCUAACUGCUGUUGUUUUCUGUAUUGAAAAAUCAGCAGCAUAUGUAGCAAGAAACUAGGGGAAAAAUUUCCUGGCACGUUAAUUAAGAUGUAGAAUUCUUAUUGAGGGGAAGUCACAAAGCAUCUAUCUUAAAAACAGAAGUAUAUUUGUUUGUGAAUGUGGUGUAACAGCAACAUACGUGUGAUGAACUGAGUGUUUGGAUUGAACAUCCUCCCUUUUUUUUUUUUGCAUGUGAGGGAUAUGAGAACAGUGAUGGAAGUGUGACCUGUGACACUUAUAUUACAUAUAACCAUUUUUCAUUUAUUCUUAGUCUCAAAGUUUCUUAACGAAUCAUCAUGGAAAAUUACAUCAGGGAAAUAGAAAUAGUUAUUUUUAUUCCCUUUUCUGCUCCUGCAGUGCAGCACUAUCACUAUAUUUUGUUGCUGUUUGUGUAUAAUUUUGCAGGAUUCUUAAAUUAUUUAUAGAUAUUUCUGUUGUGUUAAGCAAAUAUAUUUUUUUAUGAAAGUGAACUUUGGUAGCAGUAUUCAAAUUUUUCACAUUUUUAUUUCUAUACAAACUUAAAACUACUCCUACCCACAUUAUUUACCAGAGUGCCCCCUUAGUUUUGUGUCCCCUCUGAGUAAUAGCGAUUGACUAAAACAGUAUUGUGUAUUGCCCUCAGCAGAAAAAAACAUUAAUCUCAUUUUCGUCAUCCCUAAAAUCCUGAACCAUUGCUGUAAUUAUGCUUAUUUUCUUUUUCUCUCUCAUAAAAUACCUUUAUAUAGAAAUCUUCAAAUGUCAGGCAUGUUGUGUCCCAGGUGGCGAAUAAGAAAUUGUUUCAAUGUGUGUCAAAUUGUGGUUAUAUCAGUCCCUGUUGUAUAUUUGUGUUAAAUGUGUGUAUCCUUGUAUUAUAAACUAAUAGACUGUUGCGGAUAUUACAGCAUGUCCAGGUUGAUUGUGUCGAAUAAUACUUGCAGCAUAUCCUGGUACCUACAGUUAAAAUGUCUGUGCAAAUGUUAUAUUGUACAUCAGUGCUGACGCUUAGCAUUCAGCAGUUAAAAAGAGGAAAUAUUACCCUGCAUAUUCAUUCCACAUAUUACAGAACAAUCCAUUCAAUCAGUAUCCAUUGAAGGCAGGUUAUGUUAUUGAAUCAAAACAGUAAAUACGUGUUGUACAGAUUAUUAUAUUUUAACACAAAUUCCGUUAAAUGCCACAGGUUUGUGUGUGUGUGUGUGUGUGUGUGUGUGUGUGUGUGUGUGUGUGUAAAACAUUGUAUGAGAGGAAAAUCUUGUGUCACUACUUAUGUGAUGGAAUUUGUAAAAUUGUUUGUCUUUGGGUAUCUGUUGUAAAUUUGAAUUAAAACAGACAAGUUUGAGAGAUGCAAA